AUCUGUGGGUCCGCACGCGUAUUGUGUUGUCCGCUUUCGCCUCGACUGUACAUUUGACUGUACAAAUGACAGGAUUUUUUAUAUAUGCAUACAGAUGUUUGUCUAUUAAUUUAUCGGCUUAAGUGUACAUGUGCUACAAUGCUGCUCUCCAAUAUAUUUUGUUACGCUUUUCUAACUGUCACAAUAACCACCAGCUGCACUCAGGCAGACUCCAGUAGCCAAGGAUAUGAAGUAAGCGAUGAUAAAGAAAGAAAACAAAUAGUAAAACGAGACGCGCCUCUAGACCACUUUCCCUACCGACCCAUUCUCAAACAUAGACCCAAAUUUAUCUAUAAAAGAGUCUCAAACCCUAAAUACAGAAGUCCAAAACCUGCGCAUGGAGUGACUCGAACAAAACAACGAUCUGCAAAACCGAGCAGAAAAGUUAUGAGGAAAUACAGGAAGAGUGUUAAUCCUAAAUAUAGCCCGCCGAGCCAUUACAAGCGCCCACCGAAAAUUCGAUACGCAAAUCCGAGGACCCAAGACUUCAAACCGAUAUAUGGUCUAUUAAAAAGAAGUCCCGAUUUUGCAUUUACUCCUAAACCAGCGGGAUUCGGAGAACCACCAAAUGAUUACUACGUUGAGAAGAAAAAUAAAAUUAAUUAUGGAGAUCUGCCGGACGUCUAUAGAAGUCAAAUAAAAGUAGUACCAGAUGUCCCGAAAUUCGCUAGACAAAAGUUUUUAGACUCGAUCGAAGUCGACGAACAUGAUUAUCUAGACCAGAAGAAAAAGAAGAAACCGAUUUUCUUUAAAGAUUUUGACGAAAAUUUCGCAUCAUCUGAGAAUCAUCCAUUGAACCAACUACGUGGUCCUGAAUACGAUAUUAACAAAAAUGCGAAAAGAAAUUAUGGUGAUCGACCAGAUUUUCAUACGAAUCGGGUAAAAACAGUGCCAAAGGUUCCAAGCCCAUCCCAACAAAAGUUGUCCAAUCCUAUUGAUUUGGAUGAGACGGAUUAUUUAGACCACAAAUCAAAAAUUACUGAUACCAUUUACUUGAAUGAUUUCGAUGACAAUUUCAAAACGCCUGAAAAAAGUCGUCCAAAAGUACGAAGCCCCGAUUACCAGGUAUCCUUAGACAUAGAUGACGAUGAAAAUGUAUUUUCUGACGUAUACAACUCAGAGAAAACGUUAAAGAUGGAUAUGUUUAAUAAAAGGAAGAAACAGAAACGAGCUGAGAGAUUUAGGGGCCGCAGCAAGCCUGUGAAGUCAUCAUUGAUAAGAGACGAGGCAGAGGAUGACGUGAUAGUUGGUGGGAGAUAUGCGGAACCCCCGGGUAGAUACUAUGCCAAUUACAACUCCCGAAGAGAGAUGACUGAUGGUGAAAACUUUGCUCCACCCGGCGCGGUGGACCCAGAUGUUGCAUCAUCAGCGACGAUGUCACCUUACAUUAAUUAUAAGCACAGCAACUUAGCAUUUAGUCCACAAAAUCUGAAUGAUGCAUUUAGUAUAGUUGAAUAAUUAAUAAUAAAUUAGUGUAAGCCAACGUGAAUGUUAAAUUGGACUAUUGAUAACUUUAAAUCCUAAUAGAUUGGAUAUUUAAGAUAUUUAAGGACUAUUUAAUAAGGUAUUUUAAAAUAUAAGAAGUAUUACAAAGAAGCACAGGAAAGGAGUAUUCGAUAAUUUCAGUUUUUUUCCGAGAAAAUUAAGUU